AUGACGUAUAGACCCACCUCUACCAAUAAAAUACAUUCAUUGUGAAUGCCAUUAUCCAAUUGCACUACAAUCUACUGCAAUUUUGUUAUUAACAACCAUCGGAUUGUUUGCCAUUGAUUUGUCCAAUUUAUUAUACAUAAAAGUCACAGUCAGAUGAUAUCAUACUCGUAUUUGCCUCAUCUAAUCUUCCGGAUGGUCCAGCUGGCCAGACGUAAACGCAUAUUUGAAUACAUCGUCUUGCUGACUUGCUCUGCGCACCCACUGUCGGCCUUCCUCGAGGUUGUCUUCACUUAUGGACUGGCUGGGCUUGGUUUGCUGUGUCUGUUGCUGGGUCUGUUAGUUAUACUAUACCUGGGCACUGUGUCCAGAAGGGUAGUACCUGGCUGCCGGUAUCCAGCGAAACUCCUUCAUCCUGACUCUGAUCGAUUGCCUCUUCAUUAUCACGGGACAGACUGAUAUUGUCCUCUUUCUGGAAAGGACGGCUGAAUGAGUUCUGGCUUGGGUUGAAGUUCGAAGACAUGGUGGAUGUAAUUUUGCUGUAAUUGUCUGCAAUAUGAUCGUAAUUGUCUGUUUGCAGAGAUAUCUGUGAUA